ACAGGACCUGGACUGGAGUGGACGGAUGGACGGACGGUGGUUCGCUGGCCCAGCUGCCGGGAGUCUCGAUCUCGGACUCGGAGCCUAGCCGAGGCAGAUCUGGCCUGGAAGUAUUACGGGAACCGAAGAGGCGAAGUGGUGAAGUCGGAACUCGGCACGCUAGAUCUAGGCCAUAGGCUAGACUACAUAGGCCAUGAUAGGGGCUAGUACGAGUAGGACGCGUCACUGGCUGAACUAGCACUGCUUCGAGGCUCAUACUUGUGUGCCGGAUACAAGCGUGCAUGCUCCGUCUAUUCGAGGUGGUGACUGCACUCAGUCUGUCUGAGCGAUGAGAAGGGAUAGGUCACACCGGUGCACCGCGAUUGAACGCCGACUGCCAGUAGAUUCUACAUGAUUGUAGUACUGGAGUACUACUGCACUGCCACAACCACUGCCUGCCCUCCGCGUGGUGGACAUUUUUGACAGCGCAGUUUUUACUUCAUUCAGUGUUUUUGAGGAACGAUCAAGCAGUUCGGAUUUGUUCCCAAGUACAGCAGUCUCUCCUUACGCCUAGAAGUAGAAUCUCUGUGCAGUGGCACACAGUUACUGCCACUGCUCGGUAACAACGUGUUGGUAACCCGUACAGGGUGGGAUCGCGGUUGCUGAAAUCGACCGAAUCAAUCGCACUGUUCACCGCAGUGUUUAGAGGCGCUGCUCCGCCAAAACACGAUGUCGCUGGGAAAGAUGUCACGUUGGGUUUCCGAAAGACGCGGUAGCAGUACGAAAGAGGACGGCAGGACCCGUCGUCUUCAGAACAAGCAACUGCGACUUCACCGGCAUCACAGCGAAUCUGAGAUUCUCGACUUGUCCGUGGAGAUGAAGACGGGUGAAAUGAGGAUCAUGCAACUGCGAGAGAGCCCGGGAGUGUCCCGUCGAGCAUUCCCAUCACCGGCCGGCACUCCUGGUCCGGAGAAAUCCAACGGCAAGAUCCAGCCGACCUCGUCCGAUCCGUCAUCGUCAGGCCCGUCCAAUGAUACGCUCGAUAGCAUUGAUGAUGACGACGAGAUUGCCGAGCCCGGUUAUGCCUUGCCAAGUGUAUGCAGCCGUGGCAAUGUGUUUGCCAGUCAACCUCGAACGUCCACGCCGCUAAAUGGAAGUGUUCACCGCCUUCCUGUUAACGGCAUCACGGGGAUCGCCACACCCACUGAAACUCCAUCGCCGGCAAGCACCAUUAGCAGCUGUGCUAAGCCGUCGAGCCAAGCGCUGGUGGAACAGGAGAAAAAGGAGGCUAUCGAGGAUCGCAACCAGGGUUAUGAUAUAGUGUGCCUGGAUAGUGUCAAGGCAGCAUCAGCCAGCCUACCCAGGAUGAUCAGCGGGACAUCCAUUGUGGACGAGUCCGUGUUUACCGGCCCGAUUCGCCGUGAGGACUACCUGCGGAAGCUUGGCCAUCGCUUCAAGAGCUGGAAGAGACGCUGGGUGUCCCUUCACCCGACGGAGCUGUCGUUCUUCAAAACUGUCGACGUAACAGCUGCAAGUCGGGUGAUCAUGACUAGUGACGUAAUGGAUGUCUUCUAUCCUGCGUCUAUUCCAUAUCCCGAUGGCCAUUCAUUUGAAAUCAUUACUAGCAAGAGGAGUCACAUAUUGGCUGCGAAAAGCGAGAGCGGUGCACGCGCAUGGGUUCAUCUUAUCCAGCGUGCAUCAGGCAAGACCAGAAGAUCAGCCAGUGCACAGUGGCAAGGCAGUGGUAGAUCUAGCUCACAGUCAGGUGUAGCCACUGUGGACACCAGCAACAUCGAACCGUACGCACAGGCCGUCGUGCCCAUCCGACGGCGACAAACCGUACCGGAGCCAACGUACGCCAUCGCAACGCGUACAUCACCGGUGCAGAAACCAGCCGAUGGCAACUCAGGGACUCAAGGUGCCGACGAUGAAGACGACAUGCCACCGCCCGUAAUCCCGCCGCGUCUUUUCAGCACGGCUGGCGACGACGAUGACAGGGAAGACGAUGAUUCCACUGACGACGGAGAGGAAAGCUGCGACAUGCUCGACGACCCGCAAACACCCAAACCUAACAACUACCUGCACAGCACAGAUGGCUAUGCAUCACCGCCGUCCUCUCAUACACUCCUGGUCGGCAGUGCCAGUCAAGUCACUAGCAGUGCCAAUAACAAAGAGUCCACACUCUUGCACGAAGACGAGGCAGUCAACAGCAUGGUUGUAUUUUUCUGAGUUCCAGCAGCUCACGUUGUCUUGUGGGAUUGCUGUAGGAGGUGAGAUCCUUCCUCGGACAUUACAGUCAGUAUUGACAGCAAAUGCAUCUUUAGAGGACUUAUUGGCUGAUUCAUGAGGCUUGAACUAUCUAUCAUUGACUCUUCCGCUUCCUAUUUUCCGCGUAAUUUCCGUUCGCUUUCGCAGCAUUUUCCUUGAAGAAUCACCUGAGCCUGUACUGUGUUCUUGAGUCACAUAACUGUACUAUUUCUAAUCCAUGUAUGUAUAUGUACGUACAUUGGUCACUGAGUUUUGGCAUGCUGCUCGAACGAGCGGAGCCCGUUUUGAGGAGCCUUGACCGUCAUUUUUUUGUUAGGUUGAUAUGUAACACCGUAGCCUCAGUGUAAUGAUGUAGGUGUAAUAUUACAAUAUAUUAGACUUAUGAAUGUUCAACGGUAUGAUGUGGCAUACAGCACUCUGCAGUGCUGUGUUUUAUCUCUCUAUUGCUGCUAUUCAAACAGAGCAGACAGACGCCUGUGUGUGUGUGUGUGUGUUGUCUGUAUACUAGUAUAUUAUACCAGUGAGUGGCAUACCUGCUGGACCUUUGA